CCUCUCCCCCCGCCUUGCGCAGCGGCAGCAGCGGCUGCUCCUCCUCCCCACGCGGGUUGCUGCGGGAGGCGGCCGGGCGGUCGCGUUGGCAACGCGCAGCGCCAGGCGAGAGAUGCGGGAGGCAGCAGCAGCAGCAACGGGGAUGGCGCCGCCGCCGGGAAGGACCAGCGCCCCGCCCGCCGCCGGGCCCGCGUCGCGCCUCUGAAGAAGGAGCCGCUCAUCCAAGUCCCAGCCAAGCCAGGAGGGAUGGGAACAGCCAGGUGAACAGGACUUGGUGAAUGAGUUGGACCCUCAAGCAGGAGACUGAAUGGAGAAACUACAGAAGCACCAGCUGACAUCCCCAGGGAGCGUCUGCUCUUCCCGGGGCUCCAGCGUCCCUGGGUCACCCUCCAGCAUUGUGGCAAAAAUGGACAAUGAAGUCUACAAGGACUUAGCAGCAAUCCCCAAAGACAAGGCGAUCCUGGACAUAGAGCGCCCCGACUUGAUGAUCUACGAACCCCACUUUACCUACUCCCUCCUGGACCACGUGGAGAGGCCGAGGAGCCGAGAGCGCUCCCUCUCGCCCAAAUCCCUCUCUCCUCCUCCUUCUCCAGAAGUCACUCGCGACUGGAUGGAGGAGAGCAAGUCUCCAGGCAAUGCCUCCCAGCCGGGCAGCCGCCGAACCAGCAGCAGCAGCCGCAGCGGAGUCCAUCAUUUCCACCGCCCUGAUACCAACACGGCAGAGAUGAACAUCUACAAGAAGCCCCCCAUCUACAAGCAGAGAGAGCAGUCGGUGACGCCAACCCCGCAGAGCAAGCACCUGAUCGAGGACCUGAUAAUCGAAUCCUCCAAGUUCCCGGCUGCCCAGCCGCCCGACCCCAACCAGCCGGCCAAGAUUGAGACGGACUACUGGCCCUGCCCGCCCUCCUUGGCAGUUGUGGAGACCGAGUGGCGGCGGCGGAUGGCCUCCAGAAGAGGCGAGGACGAGGACGAGGACAGCACGGAAGAAUUGGGGAGCCUGCAAGAGCUGCAGAAACAAGAGCUGAGCAAGGUGGCCUCCAACCUUGGCAAGCUCAUCCUCAAGGAGGAGAUGGAGAAGUCGCUCCCCAUCCGGAGGAAAACCCGUUCCCUUCCAGACCGGACGCCCUUCCACUCCUCUCUUCACGGAGGAAACUCGAAAUCUUCCUCCCUUCCUGCCUAUGGGAGAAGCACCCUCGCCAGGCUGCAGUCCACAGAGUUCAGUCCUGCCGGCAGCGAGAAAGGGAGCCCAGGUCUACAGAACGGCCAGAGAGGGCGGAUGGACAGGGGAAACUCCCUCCCUAGUAUGCUGGAGCAAAAGAUUUACCCUUACGAGAUGUUGAUGGUGACGAAUCGGGGAAGAGUGAAACUGCCUCCAGGCGUGGACAGGACAAGGCUAGAGCGCCACCUGUCAGCUGAGGAUUUCCUGCGUGCGUUCGAGAUGUCGCCGGACGAAUUUGGCAAGCUGGCCCUGUGGAAGCGGAACGAGCUGAAGAAGAAAGCCUUCCUCUUCUGAUCCCGGCCCCCGCGCAGAGCCGACAUGCCCGGCGUGACGCUCCGUGCGUGUGUGCCGACCCGUCUUUCAUCACAGACGCUUUAGGGCUACUCUCGAGCUCGUCCAAAGGGACGUUGCUCCUUUCUCCCCACCACCACCCAACCGCCCUCACUGCAGAGGUGGCUGCCAUGCCUUGACUCUUGGGGCAGAGGAAAAGUGGGUCAGGAAAAGAGUGGCGAGCACCCUGUGCUGGAUGUGGCAGCGGCUGUGGGGGGUGCCAAGUCCCUUCCCCACUCCCACCCCGGUGAAAAUCAGCCAUGUGUGGGGUGGGAAGAGGCCAGGGUGGAGAUUAGGUGUUCUGUGCUGCCACCCUUAAGCUCAUUCCGUUGCUGGCUUUACUCCCAGACCAUGCAUCCUCUCCCCCCUGGUUUUCUAAACUUGGGCAAGAAUGAGCCCCCGACUUGGUCCAGCGGGCAGAUCUGAGCAUCAUGGCACCAGGCAGACUCCCACCCUGCAGCAGGACCAGAUUGAAGAGGGUCUCUCUGCCCCAGCAUCCUCUUCUCACAGGGGCAGCCUUGCCACACUCUCCCACUGAUUUCCGCCCCCUUGUGAUUGGUACUCAGCUGCCCACUGGAUGUGCCUAGCCUCCCCUGGAGUGAACGUGACCUGGGGCUGCUUCUCAUCUAAAUGGCUACCAAGCAGCAGUGUGAUGGCACCCUCCCCAGCAAAAAAAACAAACAAAACAAAGCUUCCUUUGCUAGCUCCUGCCCCUACUGCACUGGACAAAUGGAAGUAUUUCGUGGCCGCUCUGUAAGAUGUGCUGCCUACAGGAGGAAUGCAGCCACUACCACGGUGCCCGCAGGCAUGGAGAAGGGCAUAGAGGUGGGCUUCAUUUGGAAUCGAGGCAUGUGUCCAGGCGCCCAUUCUGCAGGACUAGGUCACUUGGAGUCACUUCCAACUCUAUGGUUCUAGUUUCUUCCCCGCUGCCAAAAGCUCCCUUUGUAGGCCAGCUUCCUCUACCCGUUUCCACCCCAGCAUUCCCAACUCUUCCUGCAAGCUGGGCCUGGGCCAGCUAUAUGUGGCACCUGUUUCCUGCUCUCCCUCUGCCCUGCCAUCCCAUCCAUCUAGGCUGUAACAUUCUUCUGUGCUGCACCUGCUGCCUGCCCCCCACCCCAAAAUCUGGGGGCCUCUGCCACCUACCCUGCAAGCUCUAUUCAGCGAGACUGAAUAGAGAUGUGUCUGAAGAGAGGAAUGCAUUUACCUGCUGCUGUCAUGCCCGUAGUUCAGGCCCGCCUCUUCAGCCUAUGUGCCUCCCCCUCCACAUACCCUGCACUCGUACGUACACAGAUCUACCUGCCCUGUCUCCACAGCUUCACGCUAUUCCUGUGGAAAGGACUGCAGAGAAGGUGGCUUGAUGCAAAGCCUGGGUAUGCCCCUGCUCCUGCACAACCAGUGUGGCGUAGUGGUUAAGAGCGGUGUACUCGUAAUCUGGUGAACUGGGUUUGAUUCCCUGCUCCUCCACAUGCAGCUGCUGGGUGACCUU